UAUAUUGCAUUAGCCUCAAAAUGUAUGGUUGGUCGUUAGAUAUAUAAAUAUUGCGUAAGACUCCAGUCCAUUAGGACCUGGAGCUUCAUAUAUACUUACCUUGAAGUACGAAAUUAAAUAGCACACAUGCGUACAUAUCUUGAGAGAUUCUAUAUAAAAGUUGAUUCCCUACAGGACUUAUAUAUUUCAUAAGUGAAAAUGGCUUCUUCUUCCAAUGCUGGUUUAUUUCAGCUUCUGAUAAUCUUUUGUUCUAUGUUCUAUCUCCCUCAAGCUCAAGAAACGACAUUACCUGACAUUGGUUUACUGAAGAGCUGCAACAUUGAUAAAAUUUAUCAAUUUGGAGCCUCCAAAUCGGACACUGGAAAUCGUAGGAUAGAGAAUCCUUUGGACACUUGCAAUAUGCAUCCUUACGGCCAGAGCUUUCUUAAGGAGCCUACUGGCCGUUGUUCUGAUGGACUACUCAUGAUUGAUUACAUUGCAUCAGCAGCUGGUAUCCCCUUUCUCAAUCCGUAUCUAAAUUUCACGGCAAACUUUAGCCAUGGUGUAAACUUCGCGGUUGGUGGUUCUACAGCAUUGCCAGUAAAGAAAAAUGCCACAGAUUCUGCUACCAGGAGUUCUCUUCAAGUACAAGUUAACUGGAUGUACAAUUUUUUUGGAUCGCUCUGCAAUUCCUGCAGCCCCGGAAAUCAUAAGAAAACUUUAUUUAUUGUUGGAGAAAGUGGAAAUAAUGAUUAUACUUCUGCAUUAUUUCAAGGAAAAUCUGUAGAAGAGAUAAAACAUAAAUUGAUGCCUCAAGUUGUUCAAUCCAUCAUGCAUGCAGUAACAAAUGUUAUUAGUGCUGGAGCUGUGCAAAUAAUUGUUCCUGGCCAAUUUCCACUAGGCUGUUUCCCUAUAUAUUUGACAGUGUUCCCAAGUAACAGCACAACAGCUUAUGAUAAACAUAAAUGUUUGACAGCUUUGAAUGAUCUUGCUGAAGCUCACAACAACUAUCUACAGCAAGCUAUAAGCACAUUGAAAACGCAGAAUCCCAACACCAAGAUUGUGUAUGGUGAUUACUACAACGCCUUUCAAUGGCUUCUAAAUAAUGCACCACAUUUAGGACUUGAUGCAGAAUCUACUUUAAAAGCCUGUUGUGGAAUAGGUGGUAGAUAUAAUCUGAACUCAACCCAACGGUGUGGGAGCCCAAGUGUUCCAGUCUGUCCGGAUCCUGAUCGACAUAUUAGUUGGGAUGGAGUUCAUUUGACACAGAAGGCGAACCGCCUUAUUGCCACGUGGCUUGUAGCAGAUUUUCUCCCAAUGAUUGAUUGUAAAAAAUAGUGAACACCCCCCCCCCAAGGCAGACAUGUCUUCAAGAGGAGAUGAGUAAUAGACCAAAAAAUUAAAUUCAAAUACAUUUGAGAACUCCUUGAAUAUAUUUGAAGAUGUUAUUAUUAUUACUCCAAUAAGUUUCCAUCUCCACAAAAAGUCGUAGAAAAUAAAAUUAUAUAUUUUCCUGCAGAGUA